CGCAACCAAGGUAGACGUCACGGAACACUUUAAACAUAAUUUCUUUCGGUCAUCUAGAACAACCAAUUAUCACAAAUAAGAGGAGACCUCUACAAGAACCUAAACCACAAAGAAACACACAAAGAUAUUGAAGAAAGAAAUGGAAGAAAGGGCAGAUACUGUAAAAUCACCGGAGACUAUGGAGGGUGAAGAUUUCCUAGAUAUGAAUAAGGGCCCGCUUGGUCUCCGCGUCACUGACCAAUCUUCAGCCGUUCUAAGUGAUAAAAAUGACGUAAUAAUGGAAGAUAUCUCUCAUUACGGUGAAGAUACUAAAGAAGAUCCCAGUACAUCCAGUACUGACUGCUUGCCACCAGAACAUCCUGCUUGCUCGAAGGUUACUGCGUCGCCGACAAUAUCCAAGAAUUCAGAAACUAUCCAAGAAAAUUCUGUUGAUCCUGGAACAGAUUCUGUAGUUAAUGAUCCAAAUACUAAUGAGGUAUCAACUCAAGAUUCUGCUGAUGAAAGUUCUACGGAAGAUGAAGAACCUGUAAAUAAUGACAUGUAUCCUGCUUACCCACCACAUCCUGACAAUACAUACAAGUGUAGUGUCAGUCUUGUUUAUGAAGCAUUUUGGUUCUCACUUAAUAUUUUAUGGGACGAAGAUACAUAUCGGCUGUAUGAUGAUAUGUUGGUAGGGAUCCAGGCUGAUGCUCCAAAUCUGUUACCGCUGAAGGAAAAAUAUUUAUUUCAGAAUAAACCAUGUAUUGCAAUAUUUCCAAAAGACGGUCUAUGGUACCGGGCAGCGGUGUUACAAUAUAGCAAAAGAAAAAGCAUGCUUAAAGUAUUGUAUGUUGAUUAUGGUAACAUUGAAGAUCUCCCGGUUGCUGAUGCAAGAGAGAUCAGUGUGAAAUGGCUACAGAUGCCUCCUGCAACAAUGUUUGCAAAAUUGUAUGGCAUGCAGUUGAACUACGAAGUAGAAUUUAGUAUUUUAGCAAAAUAUUAUUAUAAAUUUAUACUGUUAACUGAAGGAGUUUUCCAGAUCAAUAUUAUGGAUUAUGAGGGCCUAGUGCCAUUAGUUGAGCUAAGAAAUGAAAAUGGUGAAUUGGUCAUCUCACACACCGCAGCACGUUGGCUACCGCCCGCCCAAAGCUACGCGGUGCCAGCUCGGACCUCGCUACGCCUUGCGGAUAUGUCGAAUUGA